CACAGUACACGCGUGCUCAGACUGGCACAUUUGUUACCCAUUUGUUUAAAAACUGUGUUACCCAGAAUUCCACGGGUAUUCAGGUUACAUUCUGAUUGGUUAGAUUUCCCGGCGGCAUGUGAAUGUUAAUAUGGAGUGUUGUCAGGGUUUCGAUCGGAGCGAAGAAAAUCUGUUUUAGGCACGUGUUUUGGAAACCUGUUGGCCAAAGCUUAAGCGCCAUGUCCCAGGAUCCGGACUCCAGUCUGUCUCAGACUCAGUCCCAACCACAGACUCAGUCUCAGAGUGGCUCCAGCUCUUCCUCGGCCCCCGGAUCUGGCAGCCAGACAUCUUCAUCCUCGGGCUCCGCCACACUUAGCUCUGUGGACACCAUCCCUGUGCGGGAUCUGGCUUCCAUUCCUGAGGAGCUGGAGGAGCCAGAAACCCAGCCUUGGGGCCGCCUGCUGCCCAUGGAGAGGGGCUUCCGAGUGCAUAACUGUAUCGAAGACGAGUACUGGUUUGGACGGGACUCAUCGUGCCACUACUGCUUUAAUGACCCCAUUAUAAAGGAGUCGGGGAGAUAUAUAACCUACAGCAAACGUCACUUCAGGAUAUUCAGGGAAGAAGACAUAGUCUAUAUUGAAGAUAAUAGUGGAAAUGGGACGUUUGUGGAUGGAAAGGUCAUUGGAAAGGGCAAGAGGCUCCCAUUGGCCAACAAUGCUGAGCUGGCAUUGGCUCAGCCUCACCACAAAGUGUUCGUGUUCAUCGAUCUGAUGGCUGACGAGCAGUCUAAUCUGCCUCAGGACUUCAAAGAAAAGUACCUGAUCUCCCGGAAGAUCGGCUCAGGUGUCUGCGGUGAGGUCAAACUGGCGUUUGAAAGAGCCACGUGCAAGAAAGUCGCUGUGAAAACUAUAAAUAAGAAUGACUUUCCAUCUAUCGGGACAGCCACUCGAAAUGCUGAAAGAGAAAUUGAAAUUUUGAAAAAGGUUGAUCAUGUACCCAUGUUUAAUCAGGACGGAGGAUUUCUUCCAAACAGAAGACUCUUACUACAUUGUUUUAGAGUUCAGGACAGUGGGCUAAGAUGUGAAAAGUGCCUUAAAGUAAAGUGCGAUGUCCUUGGGUGUCCAACUCAAAGUCCUGACUCGAAUCCCAUCGAGAUUCUGUGGACGUAUUGCCUCAUGGAGGGUGGAGAGCUGUUCGACAGGGUCAAGGAGAAGAAGCAGCUGAAGGAGUCCAUCGCCAAACUGUAUUUUUACCAGAUGUUGUUAGCAGUGGAGUACCUCCACAACAAUGGGAUCAUCCACAGGGACCUGAAACCUGAGAAUGUUCUCCUCUCUUCAAAUGAUGACAUCUGCCUCAUUAAGAUCACAGACUUCAACCAGUCCAAGAUCCUGGAGGAGACGUCCCUGAUGAAGACCCUAUGCGGCACGCCUACAUACCUGGCGCCAGAGGUGUUCACAGAUGCCAUCACGGUGGGCUACAGCAGGGCUGUGGACUGCUGGAGCCUCGGGGUCCUCUUGUUCGUCUGCUUGGGAGGCUACCCACCCUUCCAUGCUGAGUCAGCGUUAACGGUCAGGGAACAAAUCACUCAAGGCUGCUACCGGUUCAUCCCGUCAAAAUGGGAGAAGAUCUCAGAUGAAGCUAAGGACCUUGUGAGGAAGCUCCUGGUUGUGGAUCCCAAAAAGCGACUGACAAUCACCGAGGCACUACAGCAUCCCUGGAUGCAGGACAAGGCCAUGAAGGAAACUGCCUUUAGCAUCAUGUAUCCUGGUGAAACCAGUUCAGACGUCAAGCCAUCCACCAGUAGAAAACGGCCCUUAGAAGAUAAAGACGAAUUACCAGCAAAGAGGAAGCAAGACUCUUCUUCAGCUCAGACUAAAUGAAAUCUACCUCUUAAAUCUUUUUAAUUUUCACCCAAAAGGAAUCACAGUAUGUAUCAACAUACCACAAAAAUGUCCUUGUUUGAUUUCUUUAAUAAAUUACUAGUUUUGUAUAUUUUUA